UAGAGGGGAGGAGUAUGUCAGUGCCACAUCAACAGAGACAAGGAGAAGGAGAGAAGAAAUGGAGGAUAUGGUGGAUGGCCUUCAGGUGAGCCAAGUGUCAAAUAGGCUUCAUUCAACUCCAACACUAGAGCAGCAGUCAUCCUCAGAGCCCCGUGAUAACAGACAGUUGAACAGGGCACCCAGUUUCAGACUGACUCAAGAUGGAGCUGUACUCUCACAAAUGUCAGAGGCUAAAUCAACUCAAAAAGUGAUCUCUACUUUUCACCACAGAAUUAACAGCUUUGAAGAGAGAUCACCUGAGGCUUCACCUACCACUCCACCUCAUUCGCCUGUCUUCUCUUCCCCUCCCUCUUCACCAUCUUUUGCUGCCUCUCCUUCCUUGUUCUCCUCAUCCGCCUCAAACCCCUCAUCCCCCACAUUGUCCUCAUCCUCUCCGGAGCUUCGUCUGGUGUUGAUCGGGCGAUCUGGAUCAGGGAAGAGUGUGGCUGGCAAUAAUAUACUAGGACAGGAGGCCUUUGAGACAUGUCCAGACAGCCUCGCAGCAGUCACUCGCCAGUGUGAAAAAAAGAAAGCACUGGUUGAAGGAAGAAGGGUGGCAGUGGUGGAUACCCCAGACUGGUUCAAUUCAGAAUGUACUCCAGAUGAGGUGCGAGCUCUGAUGUCCUCCUGUGUGGCUCUGUCAACUCCAGGCCCUCACGUCUUCCUCCUAUGUGUCCCCUUAGACCAGCCUGCAAAAACUGAGCUGCAGGCUCUUCGGGCCAUGGAGGCUAUUUUUGGGCCAGAAGCAGUUCAGAGACACACUUUGGUCCUCUUUACUCAUGCUGAUCAACUGAGGGCAAGUGGGAAAGCAGAAAAUAACAAUGUGGAGGCAUACAUCGCUGGUCAGCGGGGGGAUUUGUUAAAGCUUGUGGAGAAAUGCGGGGACAGGUUUCAUGUGAUGGAGACAGAAAGAGGUGGUAGGGAAAGGAUAAAUGUGGCCGAGCUGCUAGAGAAGGUGGAGCAGACAGUGAAGGAGGCUGGAGGACGGUAUUACUCUUGUCCUGCUUUUCAGGAGGCAGAGAACAGAGUGAGGCAGAGACAGCAAGAGAUAACAAGGGAAAAACAUGGCAAAAAGCUAGAAAGGGUAGAGGAUGUAGGCCCACUCAGCUCUGAAAGGCGAGUGCUUUAUCCCUACAUGCAAUCUGUUUCAGAGGCAGAAGAGGAAGUGAGAGAGGAUGAGAUUGAGAAAACAAGGGAUGAGGCAGAGAUGAGUGUAAGCACUAUGAAUAUUGAGAGCCUUCCACCAGUUACUCUUGGUACCGUAUCCCCGUCCCUACUUAAUUCUGUAAUGGAGAUGAUGAGCACUAAUGCGAAGAAUUUAUCCAAGCUGGUGGUGGAUAGUUCUGUGUGGGAAAAAGUUGGCAGUGGUGCAGAAAGUGUCCAAAAGAUGGUGGUUGACAGUUCUGUGUGGGAGAAGGUGGGAGCUACUGCAGGAAAUCUCACCAAAGCAGUAGGAAAUAAAGUUCCUAAGGUUGUGGUAGAUGGUUCUGCAUGGGUGGGAUCUGGAGCAAAAGCAGCAACAGCGAGUCCAAUGUGGGAAAAAGUGGGUUCAGGGGCCAAACUGGUGGCAGACAGUUCCAUGCGUGUUGGAGCUGGAAUUGGAGCUGGGGCAAAGAAUUUGGCACAGAGUCCUGUGUGGGGAAAAGUAGGUUCUGGGGCCAAAUCUGGAGCUAAAAUUGUGGCAGACAGUUCAGUGAAACUUGGAGCUGGAAUUGGUGCUGGUGCAAAGAAGGUGUCGCAGAGUCCAGUGUGGGGGAAAAUUGGGACUGCAGCUAAACAGGUGCCCAAAGUAGUAAUUGUGGGGGCACUGCUGGGUCUGGUGCUCGGUGUGUUUUUGGGAGGUGUGAUUGGCGGAGCUGUUGGGGCAGCUGCUGGAUCUGCAGUAACAGAGGUGGGCAGACAAAAACUUAGCAACAGAAGCACAGUAGAAAAGACGGGCAGCUCUGCAAGUAAUACUGAUAGAAAAGCAAAAGAGAGCAUUGACGCGGUGAUAAAACAGGGACAGAAAAUUUUGAAAAGUGAAUGAAGGACUGACAGAUUUUUAUAUAUAAAAUGUAUAACAAAUGUAAAAAUGCUUAUUUCUUGAGUAGCAAACACUUUUUGACUUUUCAUCUUUGAGGCAUAAAAUACGCUUGCAGAUGAAUUUGAUUUGAGGUGACUAUAGCUUCAGUUUAUCCCUAUUAUUGCAUGUUUUAUUCAGACAGUUAAUAAACUAGAAGGGCACUCAGUAGAGUGCAUACCUUGCCCACACUAAAUUUUCUAUGUACUGAUACUACACUACAAUAGAUACGACUCGAUCAUAAAUAAUUUUCAUGAUUUUGGAUCAUUAGAUCUGGAAUCCUCCUUCAACCAUGAGCAAACUUUACUAUAUGACAGAACUUAUGGUCAUGUUAAUAUUGAAGCUGUUUUAGCAAUAUGCAUAAAUGAAAAUACUUUCCCGUAUGUUGAUGAAAUUAACUAAGUAAAAUGUAAAAGUAUUCAGGUUCUUGUCUUAUAUGGAGUUUGCAAAAUAUGUAAUUAUGCAAGGAAAUAAUAAAAAUGAAUAUUUUUAAUAAAUAGCUAAUCAUUUAAUACAAUUUCUUAUUUAAUAAAAACUAUAUUAAAAGCUGAAUGUUCAAGGUCAUUCAGUAAAUUACACACUGCUUUCAUUGCCAGAUUAAAAUCUUUCAUUACAAAGUCAUUGUAUGUGUGUUUUGAGUGCUUUAACACCACAGAGCAUGAAAAUUUCUUAACGAACAUUUUGAUUUAACAACAAUGGACAAUUUUUCACUGUUUAGAAGUGAUAAGUAGACUUCUCCCUGUAGCAUAGGGGUGGAUACUGGCCUGGUGGAGGGGUUGAAAGAACAGGCAGCGAUGCAGGACAGCAGAGGUACUGGCAUGUCAGAGGGAGAGAUGUGAAAUUUUGUAGCUCAAAUAGACUUUGAAGUUGUGCAUAAUUAUGUGCUUGGUAUAUGAUAUGAGGAAAGCAAGCCAUUUUACCUAUGUAAGACUCAAUGCAACAUAAGUUGUAUGCUUGAACUACAACCACCCCGAUUCUUUAAAAAAAAAAAAAAAAAAAAGUUGGGCCAUAGUGCAAAAUUUACAUUAAAAAAGAAUGCAAUGGUCUGAAAAUCUCAAACUCCAUAUUUUAUUCGCAAUAGAAUAUAGAAAACAAAUCAAAUGUUUAAACUGUAAUCUUGUCCCAUUCUUGUUUAAUAUGGGAUUCUAGCUGCUCAGCACUCCUGGGUCUUCUCUGUCAUAUUUUUUGUUUCAUGAUGUGCCAAAUGUUUUUAAUUGGUGAAAGCACCCAGAAUCUUAUACCAUUAAACCAUACUGUUGUAACAGAUACAGUAUGCAUCUAUUACAACUUGCUGAACUAUGCAAGGCCUUCCCUGAAAAAAAUGUCAUCUGCAUGGGAGCACAUGUUGCUGUAAAAUCUGAAUAUACCUUUCAGCAUUCAGCCAGUUCCUCAGGCACUAAUGAACCAUCGGAGAUGCAGGCUUUUGAACUGAGCUCUGAUAACAAGCCGGAUGGUCCACUCCCCUAUUUAGUCUGAAUGAUGCAACAUCCAUGUUUUCCAAAAAGAUUUUCGAAUUUAGAUUUAUGUGACUGCAUCUGUUUUCCACUUUGUGUGUUCACAUAUGGCUUCUUCUUUGCAUGAUUAACCUGCAUUUGUGGAUGACACAGUGAACGGCAUUCACAGAGAGUGAUUUCUGGAAGUGUUUCUGAUCCCGUGCAGUGAUUUCCAUGACAGAAUCAUGUUUGUUUUUUAUGUGGUGCUGCAUGAGGGCCCAAAGCUCACAGUCCAAUAUACUGCACACCGAGAUUCCUCCAGAUUCUCUAAAUCUUUUGAGGAUACUCUGUACUGUAGAUGAUGAGAUAAUCAAACUCUUUGCAAGCUUAUGUUGAGGAACAUUAUUCUGAAACUGUCCCAUGAUUUGUAAACAGUUUUUUUUGCAGAUUGCCAAUCUUUACUUCUGAGAAACUCUGCCUCUCUAAGAUGCUCUUUUUAUACCCCAUCAUGUUACUGACCUGUUGUAAGUUAACUCAGUUAGCUGAAAAAUAUUCCUCCAGCUGUUUCUUUUUAGUACCAUUUACUUUUCCAGCCUUUUGUUAUCCCGUCCCAACUUUUAAGAUAUGGCGCUGCCAUCAAAAUGAGCUAAUAUUUUUAUUAAAAUAGUACAAUAUCUGAGUUUAAACAUUUGAUAUGUCUUCUAUGUUCUAUU